CUUGAAUGACGCAUUCUUUUUUCAAUUUGCGCAGGCGCAGUUGAACGUAGCAACCACAGCCAUCUUACCAGCGCUGACAAAAUGGCAGAAAUUGAAGAAACUAUAAAGAGGCUCCAGGCACACAAGGGAGUUAUUGGAGUAAUUGUGGUCAGCAGUGAAGGUAUCCCAAUCAGGAGCACACUUGAUAACUCCACCACUGUCCAGUAUGCCACAUUGGUUACCUCGUUAUGUGGAAAGGCAAGGCACACUGUCAGAGACCUAGAUCCAGCAAAUGAUCUGUCUUUUGUAAGGAUUAGAUCUAAGAAACAUGAGAUUAUGGUGGCACCAGACAAGGACUAUCAUCUCAUUUGUGUCCAGGCGCCAUCGGAUGCAUAAGAAGAGGAAUUCGGACAUUUCAUCUCUGACAUCUCCUAAUACACGCUGAAAAAAAAAAAAGAUGGAAGAAAAGGCACAUCGUAUUGUGCACAGAGAUAUUUAUGUAAAUUUACAUGUACUUUGUCAAUAAUCCCUCAGAUAACUUUGUAAUUAGGAUGUGCCAGAUGUGUCAACGGCAUGCAUUGUUUAUCACCUAGAUCAAUUUUUGUCUAGGUGUC